GGUAAGGAAGGGCUUGGAGACUAGGUUUAUGGGUUGCAGACUGCAGUAAAAAGAUGGAAUAGAAGAAUUUUGCAUCCUUCCCCAGUGCAGUGCACAUAGCCCAUUGCAGAGCUGGGAGCUAUUGCUGUCCUCUCAGUCACUGCAGCCUACAGGGGCACCCCAGCUAAGCACGUUUGGAAAUGUCUGUACUAAAACAAAAGCAAACAUCUUCCUUCUCAUGUUAUGACAUUUGGACUUUGGGUCUGCUGCAAAAUAUGAAAUAGGCUCAGUACAAUUUGGAAUGGGUUGUUUGGCUGGAAAAGGGCAAACAGUGUUACUGAUGCUGUAAUAAGUAAAUAAGUCACGAGCUGAGUAUGUGUAGGAGGCAUUCACCAAGCAAUGCACAGAGGGAUUAAAAAGUUGAAAUUAUAAUUAUUAUCACUAUCAAAAAAAAAGCAUUUUCAAACAUACUUUUGUGAGUAGGCAAGAACUGGUAUAUUCACUGGGAAGGAAGUGCAGCAGAUUAACAAAAAUGCAGCUGAAUGUUGCCAUGGGCCCUGGUGAGUUCUUGUUGUUUCACCGUACUGCCUUCAAGGGACUGGAACUGGUUUAUCUUGCUGAGAAAGGUGAUGUUGCCAAAUGGUAUUAGGAUAACUUAAGGAGAAAUCAGAGCAGGUCACUGCUGCCGCAAUGUUUUUAGCAGAUGUCAAGAUGAGGCGCUUGCUGUGAAACCGACUGCCGGCCUCACAACGGGCAGCCCCACUGUCAGCCCAAGCAAACAGCACGAGUUCAAGGACAUUUGGUUGGUGUGGAAAGCCCGUGUGCUACUGCCCAUGCUGAUCUGAAGCUACCGGUGCCGAGGGGCUGCCCCUUAGGCCAACUGCUCAGCCCCUGGGGGUGCCAGCAGCAGAAGCAGCCACAGAUGUGUUGGCUGUGACUAGAAGAGGGGCACGGGGACACGUAUCAGAAACCGGCUCACAGAGGGCGUUCACAGGAGCUGAAGCGGUUUACAGAUCCACAGUCUAAGAGACUUUAAGGUCAGGUAGCUGAAGUGAAAAGUGGUGUUGAAGCAACAGUGAAAAUGAGAUGUGCAAUCUCUAGCGGACAGGAGAGAGAAAUAAGCAGUAAGCAGGGAGAUGUCGCAGCUCAGAGCUCUCAGCCGAAGGAAGUGGCAUGAUACUUGGCAGGAAGGGAAGAGACCUGAGAGGGAAGGGGCUGGUACUGGGGUGACCAUCCGAACAUCCGAUGGUGGCAGUGCUCCCAGGAAUGGCAGCUGCAUGGGGGGGCGCCACUGAACUGCCCCAGACAUCACAGAGGAGCUUCAGCUGGGGGACCAGUGCAGUUCUGAACCAGUUCAACUUGCAGCUUGUUAAAAUGGUGCACAUUUGUAUCUGGGUUGGUAAUUCAUUUGUUUUUGUCCUGUAUACAUCAUCCUGCAGCUCGUGUGAUCUUGUACAACAGUUUUGUACACCUUGUGUUGUUCGUUUCUAUCUGUUGUCCUGGGCUGGCACUCAACUCUUUCCUUUGGAGCGAGAAACUGCUGCUCCAUGGGAGGAAAAAGCAGCCCAACUAAAGGGGCAUAGGAAUUCCCAGGAAAAUGUCAAGAAUUGGUUAGAAAAGUUGUUUGCUUUCUAGUUGACCCCAGUAGCUGCAAAUAUCAAGAACUCUUACAAGAUGAGCAUUUGCCAGUGGAUAGAUAGCUGAGCUGUGCCUGAGCUCCCAGGAGGUAUUUUGGAGCUGGUGACCAUGCCAGUCAGUUGCAAGCACAGAGAGAAUGAAAAGGGAGUAAGAUACAUCAGCACAGAGCCAGAACUCAGCAGAUGAAAUUAUAAUUCCUGGAUCUGCUGCUGCUUGUCAGUAUGAUUUGUGUUAAAUUGCUGAAAAUGCCUCUGGCAUCAGUUCUUCAUCAGGUAGCAUCGCACCAUUGUUCACAGGGCCUUUGUUGGCUCUCGGUGCUGCAAAGAACAGCAAAGGGAAAAAGGGCACGUUUUCCCUGGUGCUUCUCAUGCACACCCUUUAAUGAGCUGGAACUUGGAUGGAGAUUAAAGAAACAAAUAACUAAACUGGAAAUGAACUUGAUCACAUUUAGUGGAGAUCUGAGCUUGUGGGCUGCCUUCAGCAAUGUUCUCUCCAAGCCUCCAUUUCUGCCUGCGGUGAGUGCAGCCCCGCCAGCUGGGCAAGAAGUUCGGUGCAUACAACAGGCGACUGCCCGCUGCCUCGAGCCUCUGGUGGUCCCCAGGAGAGUCAGACUGGUGUGGACUGAUGUAGCCCAAACAUUGGUAGUUUUCUCUAACAAAGAAAAUCUUGGUUUUCUUUAUGAACCUGGAGCAUGUGUCCUGCUGGCCACCUCCCUCCCUAACACCGCUUCCCUGCAGAGAGCUCUGAAUCGCCCGCAUGAGGUGAGUGAGGACCACGCAUGGCUGUGGGAAGGAGAGGGAGCAGUUCAAAGCCGCUGUGAUGAGGACAAGGAAAAGCAAGGCCUCGUGGAGAAAAAUUUAAUAUUAAGCACCUGUGCUGGAUCGGUAACAAAAGAACUGCUGGGAAGGAAUGACAGAGCUUGUGAAUGGCGCUGUGUAUGUGACCCACAGCAAACCCCCCACUCGGCUAAUAAGAGAUGGUGCCUCUCACUGGGCACAUGCUGGCAGUUAAUCUCCCUGCCAUAUGGCGGCUGUGCCUGGCACCUGCUUCUUCCGUGUGAGAUAAGGUCAGCGUCUCCCUGCGGGCACAGGUAUUUCGGAGAAUCAAUGUCGCUGCAGCAUCUCUGGCACCUGGGAAGCGCUGCCGCUCCUAGGCGCAGUGUGGGGAGCUGGAAGGGAGCGUGGUGGCCUUGGCACUGAGGCUCCUUCCAGCCCUGGAUGGCACCGAGCCUCGUGCUGACCCAUGCCCCGCACAGAUUACGCCCCUUCAUUCACAGUCUGUCAUCAAAAGGCACAAAUAGCAAGAGAUAACAGUUGUAUUUGCUUUCUUGCUGCUUUUCUCCUCCCUUUUAUCUGUUUCUACUCUAAUUCUGCCCUGUUUCCUUCCAUGUUGCUUCCUGUGUUCUCCUCAUCCCCAGCUUGUACAGUGGAGGCAAAUGCUGCCUGGCGGGGAGGGAGGAAGCAAGGCAGCACUCAGCUGUGGCUGGGGUCCUCCCAGCUGCUGAAUCCCCACCAUAGCCCCUGCCUGUCUGCCUGUAAAUGCAAACCUGUCUUUUCUACCCUUUUUUUCCUUCCGUCUCUCUUUGGGUAUUUCAUUUUAUCUUCCACUUUAUGCUCUCCAGCCAUCUGUCUCCCUUCUCCUC